AUGGACCAAGUUAAUUUAACAGUGCUUAAUGAAUUCAUUCUGAUGGGAAUCACAGACAGGCCUGAGCUGCAGAUGCCAUUGUUUGGGCUGUUCCUCACUGUCUAUUCAGUCUCAUUGGUGGGCAACUUGGGCAUGGUCAUCCUCACCAAAGCGGACGCGAGGCUACAAACACUCAUGUACUUUUUUCUCAGACACCUGGCUAUCACUGAUCUUGGUUAUUCAACAGCGGUGGGACCAAAAAUGUUGGUAAAUUUUGUUGUGGAGAAAAACACGAUCUCCUAUUACUUGUGUGCUACUCAGUUAGCCUUCUUUAUCAUGUUCAUCACCAAUGAGCUUUUCAUUCUGUCAGCAAUGUCUUAUGACCGCUAUGUGGCCAUCUGCAAUCCUCUCCUCUAUACCGUUAUCAUGUCACCAAGGGUCUGGUGGAUGCUCGUGACAACCCCCUAUCUCUAUAGCACAUUUGUUUCUCUUCUGGUCACCAUCAAAAUUUUCAACUCCACCUUCUGUGGCUAUAACCUUAUCCGUCAUUUUUAUUGUGAUGGCCUCCCCUUGCUAUCUUUGAUCUGUUCAAGCACAGAGGAAAUGGAAUUGAUCAUUCUCAUCUUAGCAACGUUUGAUUUUAUUUCAUCCCUGCUAAUAGUUCUUAUUUCUUACCUUCUCAUCCUUGUGGCCAUCCUUAGGAUGAACUCAGCAGAGGGCAGAAAGAAAGCUUUCUCUACCUGUGGAUCCCACCUUUCCGUGGUGGUGGUGUUCUACGGGACUUUGAUCUUUAUGUACUUGCAGCCCAAGUCCAAUCAUUCCCUUGACACUGAUAAAAUGGCUUCCAUAUUUUAUACUAUGGUAAUCCCCAUGUUGAACCCCUUGAUCUAUAGUUUUAGGAACAAAGAUGUAAAAUAUGCCUUACAUAGAAUUCUUGUACAAGCAUUUAGUAUGUUUUCUCAAAGUUCCCUAUACGGGGUUAUUCAUGUAAAUUCUCUCACGAGCUUUAAAUUUUUUUCUGUGUGCCCCCAGAGAAGAUAG